AAUCGAACAGCUUUUUCCAGACAGCCUCAAACGACAAAAAUGAGCAAAUCAGUGUAUUUUAUUUUAUAUUCGUUGGCUGUUUUAGUUUUGGUUAGUCAUCAUACUCUCGCUGAGAAUUCGACGGAUUCUACAACAACGCAGUCGACAAUAACAACAACAAUCGAUCUGUGUGCUGGGUAUGUUUGUCAACAAAAUGCCCACUGUGUUGUCCACCCGGAAACCGGUGUCGGAUGUAUAUGUAAUUCCGGUUACGCGUUGGCCAACGAUUCCUCGGGACGGUGCUAUUUCGACCCGUGUGGCGCGUCGGCGUGCGGACGGAAUGCGACAUGCUUAAUUGAUCUGGACGCGCGGGAUCUACGGUGGUGCGUGUGAUGAUGGGUUCGUGCGGGACGUCCAGUUAGCGGAAACCGAAGACUGUACAGAACCCAGCGACGCUCCCUACGAUCUCCUGUAUGCAGUCAUCGGUGUCGCUGCGUUUAUCCUCGUCUCCUUUACCAUAUGGUUCUGCUAUUUGGCGCGACGCGGACCAACACGAAAACUCGGUGAUUCCACGCCGAUAUUUAAAUCCAACGUGGUCCGCAUUAUUCCGGUGGAUAUAUCGCAGAUUCCCCGCAUGUUUGGCGGGAGAAAAGCGUCGGAUGCCGAGGUCAUUCUGGUCAGCGAAGACGCCAAUGAAGAUCACACAGACGCGCAAGGAACGGCAACAGCGGAACAGCUACUCCAGACGCUGUCGCCGGAAGAUGCCGAAGCGCUGAUCGAGGGACAGGUAGUUGUAAAGACGGAGUCCAGUGCUAAGCCCGCAGCUCCAUCAGACGAUGGGAAAAAUGAAGAACCGUCCAGCGUAGCGCCCACUACCGAAACGGUUAUUUUUGUGCCGGUUGAUGGAAACCUCUCCCAACCUUUGGAUAUGGAGCUGCUUUCCGAUUCCGAACGCCCCGCGCCCGAAGUUAUUGUGGAACCCACGCAGACGAUGAUAACCGUGGAGCAGCCAAGAAGCAUCACGGCCGCUUGAAGUCACUAUCGCGCCAACGGCUGCCGGCGUCUCGGACACUGAUGAAGAUGACGACUCACGGUUAUAAUAAUUUCUGCUUGCAGAGUUAAGAUUUUUCUAAUUACAAAGUUAUUACAGGAGUAUUUUAGCACAUAAAUAUUUUUAAGAAGCGUCAGGAAAUGAUGUCACAUAUUGUAGAACUCGUGGCUACCAGCGAAAAGGAUAUACUGAUGUGAAUCAACGAGACACAACAUCAACAUGAUGUAAAAUCAACAAAAUGUAUUUUACAUCAAUGUGAUGUAAAAUACUGAAAUAAAUAAAAUUCGGUGAUCCAUUCGCACUUCAACGCCCUGUCGUGCGUAAUCUGCUGUUGGUACUUCGUGUAAUAUUCGUAAUUUCCGUGUACGCCUCGCUACUGUAAGGACUCUGCUGCGCGUAAAUGCGC